GGCUCUGGUUUUGCGUGGCACUGCUGGGCAGGGCGGCUGUGGCACAAAUCACAGCCUGUGUCAGGUAGAUAAGGAGCCAUGUGAUGCAGCUGCUGGGACAGGGUGGCAGGCAGGGUGAAGGUGCACAGGGAAAUAACCUUGCAGGGAGUUCCUCCCUCCUUCUCUCCGUCCUCGGGGAGCAGAAUCUCGGGGCAGCGCUGAUCCCCGCUGGCUCUGGAUGCCUGCUCGGCUUCUGGGGGCUCUCUGAAACAGCCGGGAAGAGAAAAUGUCCCUUAGCAGGAGGAACUGGUCCGAUCUGUCCAGCCUGGCCAGGCAGAGGACCCUGGAGGAUGAGGAAGAGCAGCAAAGAGAGCGCCGGCGAAGGCACCGGAACCUUCUGUCCUCCACAUCCACGGAUGAGGAACCUGCCAGCCCUGUCAAAGACACCAGCCCAGCUUCCAGCAGACCUCCAUCCCUCGUGAAGCUGCAGUCCCUGGAGGAUGGGGAGGAGCAGAAGCUCUCGGAGGUGCUGAAGACACAAGAAGGGAGAAGGACGAGGUGGCUCCCAGCCGUGUCCGAGAAGCUGAGGCAGGAGCAGGAGCAGAAGGAGCAGGAGCAGAAGGAGCUGGAGCAGAAGGAGCAGGAGCAGAAGGAGCAGGAGCAGAAGGAGCUGGAGCAGAAGGAGCUGGAGCAGAAGGAGAUGGAGCAGAAGGAGCAGGAGCAGAAGGAGCAGGAGCAGAAGGAGAUGGAGCAGAAGGAGCAGGAGCAGAAGGAGCAGGAUCUGGAGCAGAAGGAGCCAGGGCUGGGAGGAAGCUGCCCGCAGCCAGGAGCGCAGCCCCGCAGGAGGCAGGAGAGCGGCCGGGCUGCAGAGCAGGACCAGGAGCUGGCCAAGGGCAGAGGGGACCCAGCAGGAGACAAGAACCUGGAGCCAGCCCCCGAGAGGAAGGGGAUGGUGAGGACACGGCUCCAGGACAGGGAGCAGCGAGUGUGGACUCCUCGGGGGGAGCAGAGGAAGGAGCCCAAGGAGCCGCCGGAGGUGGGGAGCUGCCGGCUCCGGGAGGUGAAGAUCCUCACCAGGGUGGGAAACCGGAGCACAGAAGAGAAAACCUCGGCCAUCACCUCAUCCCCAGAGCAGCAGGCACCCAGGAACCCCUCAAAGCAGGUAAUCCAGCUGUUCCCUCCCCGAGAUGAACCUGCAGAAAAGCCAGACCCUUCUCCAACCCACAUCACCUUCAGCAGCUCCAUCCGACGGGCCAGCCCAAGAACUGUCUCCUUUAGGAUCAUCUCCAGGAAGCAGAAAGAAGAGAGCCCAAGCCCUCUCACAAGGAGUGCGAGCCUGAGGAUCCCAGGCAGCAACAGCACCAUUGGGGAGAAGCUGGAAAAAUACAACUCAGCUGUGCAGCGCUCAGAGGGGGUGAAAUCCUCCCUGCCUGUCCAGAAGAGUCGCCUGCUCUCCUCGGAGGGGGUGGCCAGCAAGCGCAACUUCUUCGAGGGCAGCGCUCCCGGCAAGGCAGAGGCAGCGGUGGUGAGGAAGGACAGCCUGAAGAUCCCAGGAUCGGUGACAUCCCGCAUCAAUCUGUGGAUCAGCCGGGCUCAGGAGCCUCCCAAGGAGGAAAAUAUCAAGGAAAUCCGGAGAAUCAACAGCCUGGCAAAGCGAGAUGUCUGGAUAAAGCAGCCUGGAGACACCUCUGGAGACACCAAGUUGCAGUAAUACCAGCUGUGGUAUCAAACCAUCUGGGAAAAACUGGUUUGCUCCAAAGAUCAAAGCCCAGCCCUACCCAACCGUCCAAAAGCCACUGCCACGAGUCCCCGGUGCCACGUGUGGGUGCAGCCAGGUCAUGGGGUCCUCUGCCUGUGGGAUGGGAAGGAAGAAGCCUGGCAGAGUGUCCCUGUGUCCCCAGUCCCCCCUCACUGCCUGUCUGGGGGUGUCCAGGCCAUCCCCACAGAUGCUGAAGACAAACUCCUGCCUUGUUCACCCACCACAUUUUGCUGUUCUGUUCCUGAUCUCUGCCCGUGCCCCAGAACUGCCCCCACGGCUCCCUGGCAGCUGGAAGAUGUCAGUGGGGUGAGAACCUGCCUGGCCAAGGGAGUUCCAGCCUCACCUCCAUGGCCUGUGCCCGUCCCUGCUGCCUGGGGCAGGUGGGGCAGGCAGUGUCACCCCCUGGCCAGGCUGUCACUGCCAGGGUGACCCAAGCAGAGGAUGAUGUUCAUGAAGUCACACGAGUGCUCCGAGGUGUCCCAUGGAAAAGGGGGAGCUUGGCCCUGGGGCUCCCUUCCACACUCUGAACCAGAGACUGCUCCUUGUCCCUGGCCCUGCAGGCAGUGACUCUUCAUCCAGUGAUGCAGGGAGGGUGAGCUGGCCCUGGCCGUGGCCACAGCCCUGUGUGGGGCUUGUCAUGGAGCUGAGUGUCCCAUUUCCCUCCUGCCUUCC